AUUCUAUACAGCUUCGAGCCUAUGUGAUUUCCAAGCAAUUGACCACUCAAAUGCCCAUGAAAACCAUGAAUACAAGCAACUGGUCUCACAUACAAAAUCUACACCUGGCCGAUCCAAGUUAUAACACACCAGGACCAGUAGAUCUUCUUCUUGGAGUUAAAGUAUAUGCGCAGAUCAUUCAAGAAGAUACACCAAUAAUCAAGGGUCCACCGGGUACACCAUGUGCUCAGAAAACAUACUUGGGAUGGAUCCUGUUUGGAGAUAAUGGAGAGACGGAUACAAGUAUACAAGAAAAAUGUUUCAUUACGAUGCAUCAUCAAGUCGAUGUUGAUGAUCUAUUGAAGACUAUAUGGGAGGUAGAACCAGAUACAAAGAGAACAUUAACUGAAGAAGAACAAACAUGUGAAAGAAUUUACGAAAGUACCUACAAAAGAAAUGAAGAAGGAAGAUACAUCGUCAAAUUACCUUUAAAAACAGAAGUACCAAGAGCAUGUGAAGGAAAUACAAGAGAAAUAGCACAGAACAGAUUAAUACAACUAGAGAGAAGAUUUCUAAAAAUGCCAAAGCUCAAAGAAGAAUAUGUAAAGGUGAUUGAUGAUUAUAUUGAACAGAAGCACAUGGAAAAGGUACCAACCGAAGAAAUACAUACAAAGAAGAGUGUAUACUUAGCCCACCAUGCAAUUAUUCGAGAAGAGAAGGAAACUACAAAGACGCGCGUCGUGUAUGACGCGUCGUGUAAGGGCACCAAUGGUUUCUCAUUAAACGACGACCUCCUGGUUGGGCCAGUUUUACAAGAAGAUUUGAGAAGUUUGAUAAUGAGAUGGCGAAUGCACGCUAUAUGUUUCGUCUCAGAUAUUCACAAGAUGUAUCGGAUGGUGCUGACAACUAAAGAAGAUUCCGAUUAUCAAAGAAUUUUAUGGAGAAGUAGCAGUGACAAGCAAAUAGAGGAUUACCGUCUCCUGACAGUAACUUUUGGAACAGCUUCAGCUCCAUAUCUGGCAGUUAAGACGUUGCAACAGCUGGCUAUAGAUGAAGGAGACGAGUUUCCUGCUGCAUCAAAGAUGAUCAAAGAAGACUUCUACGUCGACGACCUGAUGUCGGGAUGUGACACCAUCGAGCAAGCCAUAGAAGCCAACAAUCAAUUGCAAGAAGUUAUGCGAAAAGGUGGAUUUCAGCUUAAAAAAUGGUCAUCCAAUAGUGUUGAGUUCAUGCGCAGUUUGAAGCCCGAAGACAGAUCAGCUAAUGCGCAUCUUGAUUUAAACAUGGGCGGCACGAUCAAGGCACUUGGUGUUCAGUGGAACAUGGAAACAGACCAGUUCGAGUACAACCUUAACCUCCCAGAGGUAAACAAUCACAUCAGUAAACGAACAAUUUUGUCUGAUAUCCAGAAACUGUUUGACCCUCUGGGCUGGAUCUCGCCGUGCGUCCUGAUGGCUAAAAUACUGAUACAGAAGUUGUGGCUGGCGAAGGUAAAUUGGGACGAGGAAGUGAGUCAACCCUUAAAAGAUGAAUGGCUUCAAUUAAGAGCAGACUUGAGACAUGUCAAUGAGAUCCGUGUUGAUAGAUGGCUGGACACUUUGAGCACUGAAGGAACAAAUAUUCAGAUACACGGAUUCAGUGACGCCUCUAUCUCUGCCUACGGUGCAGCCGUUUACAUUAGAGUCGAAAAGGCGGAUGGCACAGUCAAAACAAGGUUGAUUGCUUCGAGAACAAGAGUAUCUCCCGUGAAGACUGUUUCCUUACCCAGAUUGGAAUUGUGUGGAGCUGUUGUGUUGGCAAAAUUGUUAGUACAAGUCAGCCAUGCUAUGAGAAUACCGGCUUCACAAAUAUUCGCAUGGACAGACUCUUCCAUUGUAAUUUCAUGGAUUUUCGGCGAACCACAGAGAUGGAAAACGUUUGUGGCAAACAGAGUUGUUGAAAUAACAAACAAUGUUAGUCAAAACCAAUGGCAUCAUGUCACUUCAGAGGAUAACCCCGCCGACAUUGCUUCCAGAGGAAUGUACUUGUCAGAAUUGAAGGCUUCUAAGCUAUGGUGGGAAGGGCCAGAAUGGCUAACUAGAAAAGAAAUAGAAUACAGAAGACCAAAUGUCGUUUCCACCGACAUAGAAAGGAAGAAUGUGAUACAGACAAAUUUAAACGUGUAUGGAAGCGAGAUGGAAAGAAAUUUGACAGACCAAUUUAAAGAAUUUGAUAAUUUACAAGAAUUAAUAAAAACAAUCACAUAUUGCCGCAAAUUUCUGAACAUGAAGAAACUGAAAAUAGACAAUUUCAAUCUAACAACUCAUGACUUGGACCACACAUUGCAAAUAUGUGUACAACUUGUACAAAAAGAAGAAUUUGGCGAAGAAAUAGAUAGAUUAACGACAAACAAACAAGUACACAAACGAAGCAAUAUAAAAUCUUUAAAUCCCUAUUUGGAAGAAGGUCUACUAAGAGUAGGAGGAAGGCUCAGACUUGCAAACAUAAAUAAUGAAGAAAAGCAUCCCUUAAUAUUGGGCAACAGAAACAACUUAACUCCUCUUAUAAUAGCAGAUGCACACUUGAAGACCUUGCAUGGUGGAAUAACACUCACGAUGAGUUAUUUACGUUCCAGAUUUUGGAUUAUAAAGUCAAAAAAUUUAGUAAGGGCUCACGUCAAUAAAUGCCUUGUAUGCGUCAGACAAAACGCUGCUCCUAAACCACAGCUGAUGGGAGACCUGCCAAGAGAACGAGUCACACCUGCCAGGCCGUUUUUACAUAGUGGCGUCGACUUUGCAGGACCUUUCACUACCCUAAUGUCUAAGGGUAGAGGAGCAAAGACCACGAAGACGUAUGUGGCUAUAUUUAUAUGCCUAUCAGUUAAAUACAUACAUCUAGAACUAGUCAGUGAUCUGACUUCUGAAGCCUUUAUAGCCGCCUUCAAGAGAUUUGUAGCCAGGAGAGGGAGAUGCAACCAUUUGUGGAGCGACCAAGGAAGAAACUUUGUUGGCGCCAAUAAGGAAUUAAUUAAUGCAUGGAAAGAGGCACAGCUAGAGUUUACUGGAGAAAUUUCCGCUUCCUUGGCUAAAGAUGGUACGCAGUGGCAUUUCAUCCCCGCCUAUAGUCCGAAUUUUGGUGGUUUAUGGGAGGCUGGUGUAAAAUCCCUGAAACAUCACUUAAAAAGAAUCAUCACCUCUCACCUUACCUUCGAGGAAUUUAACACGGUCCUUUGCGAAAUUGAGGCAUGCUUAAAUUCAAGGCCGUUAUGUCCAAUUGAUAACGACGAUACAGACAGCAUAGAACCUCUUACACCCGGGCACUUUCUGAUCGGCGAAGCACCCAUAAAUGUCCCAUCGCCCGACUUGAAGGAUGUUAGAAUGAGCUCACUGUCACGAUGGCAGCACACACAGAAAUUGGUCAGAGAUCUUUGGUGCAGAUGGCAGCAAGAGUACCUGUCACGUUUGCAACAACGACCAAAGUGGUUGAAAAGAGUAGAAGAGUUCAAAGAGGGACAGAUUGUUCUCAUUAAAACCGACAAUCUUCCACCUGGAAAAUGGGCUCUCGGCCGAAUAGUCGCUAAACAUCCAGGUCCAGACCAUAUUACGCGAGUGUAUAGUGUUAAAAGUGGUGAUAGUGUGACGAAAAGACCAGUUACAAAACUAUGCUUGUUACCAAUAGAGAUUAAUGAUUAAUGUACUAAUUUAUUUUGCAUGCUUUCAAUUUAUGUAUUAAAAUGUAUAAUUGUCUUUAAAGGACUUAGUAGU